AUGUCCCCCCAGAAGAUGGCCCCUUUCCUCUGAGGAAGCAAACUGCUGAUUUUGGUGCUUUGCUUGAACAUCCAGUCAGAAGUGGAGUCUUGCCCCGGGGCGUGUGUAUGCUACAGUGAGCCGAAGAUUACAAUAAGUUGUCAGCAGCAAGGACUGACGGCAAUCCCCACUGAGAUACCCAUCCAGAGCCAGCGCAUCUUCUUGCACAACAACAAGAUAACCCUUGUGAGGUCCACCAGCUUCACCUCCUGCCGCAACAUGACGAUUCUUUGGAUCCACUCCAACAACAUCAGCCUCAUUGAGCCUGGAGCCUUCUAUGGGCUCAACAAACUGGAGGAGUUAGAUCUCAGUGACAACACGAACCUGAAAAAUAUCAACCCUGUCACUUUUCGGGGUCUUGUUCACCUCCACACCUUACACCUGGAUCGCUGUGGGCUCCUGGAGCUCUCCACAGGGCUUUUUCGAGGAUUGUUCUCCUUGCAGUAUCUCUACCUUCAGGAUAAUAACCUGCAGAACCUGCUGGAUGACACCUUUAUAGAUCUCGCAAACCUCACCUACCUGUUUUUGCAUGGUAACAAAAUCAAGAGCUUGUCAGAGAACGUCUUUCGCGGGCUGAUCAACCUUGACCGGCUGCUGCUGCACCAGAACCGAGUCAGCGUGGUUCACAGCGGGGUCCCCCGCCGGUCUUUUCACGACCUUGGGAAAGUGAUGACCUUGUAUCUGUUUAACAACAACCUGACGGUGCUCACGGGGGAAACCAUGGCUCCCCUGGUCUCCCUCCAGUACCUGCGCCUGAACGGCAACCAGUGGAUCUGCGACUGCCAGGCUCGGUCCCUCUGGAAUUGGUUUAAGCAGUUCAAAGGAUCGUCUUCGGAGCUCGAGUGCCACCUUCCCCCACGCUUGGCGGGGAGAGACCUCAAAAGGCUGCAGAGCGCCGACUUGGAAGGAUGCGUCGACUCCUUCAACCAGAUACGAACAAGCGUUUUUAGCACUAAGACCAGAUCCGGUAAACUGCCAACCGGGCUCCCCCCUCUCCCUUCCCACAACGGCUCCCCGAAGUGCUGCCAGCCAGAAAUUGAUAAGUCUUUUAUUUAUGAAGCUAAAGGGAAGUCAGGUCCUUCCUCACACAGCAGCCGGCCGUCCUCCAACAACCCCCUGAAGGAUAAGGAGAAUAUGUCCAAAACCAAGUACAUCGAGACGGACCCUUCCAAAAAUAGCAGCAACAAGCAGAUAAACGAUUCCCCCUUUGGGACCUUCCCCAGCAUUGUAGACCCUCCCUUGACCAAGUUGAAACCAGAGUUUCUAGAGCCUAUUGGACCUUCCACAGUCCCAACCAAAAAAAGGCAGGGCUGCUCUAAAAAGAACAAAUCAAAGGCUCAGUGCCGCCUCACCCAGCAAGGAAACAGCUCCACGUUACAGCUCAGCCUAAGCCUUUUGAUCCCUCCCUUGGUGUGGAGCUUACUGUUAUUCUGCUAA